CGACAACAGCGUCCUUCGUUCGCUGCAAGUCAACGUCCACUCGGCUCAUCAUGUCAGCCCUCAACCGGAGUCUCUUCGGAUUCCUCGCCCAAUCCCUCCAAAUCCACCACCGGUUCCUCGCCGGUCGCAUCAGCCGCCCGGAGGAGACUCCGAUCUACGUCAUCGGCAACCCGUCGGCGGACGUGGACUCGAUCAUCUCCGCGCUGGUGUACGCCUACUUCGCCCAUCCACGGCCUCACGUCCCCCUCAUCAACCUCCCCGACGUGCCCUCCGGCUCAGAACUGCGACGUCUACGCCCGGAAUUCCUCGAAGCCCUGCACCUAGCCACGCACCCCGUGGCCCCGACUGAGCAACCAUGGGAGAUUGAGGCGGACACCACCCCGGACCUCCUCCGCAGCCACCUGCUCACCGUCGCCGACUUCGCCGCCCACCUCGCCCAGUCCACGGUUGCUGACAACCUCCCCGCUGUCGACGCCGUCCUGGUCGACUGGAACGCGCUGCCCAACCGCUCCCCCUCCCCGAAAGGCCACGGCACGCUCCCGGGGCUCGAGGCGAUCACCUUCAACGUCGUGGGCUGCAUCGACCACCACGUCGACGAGGACUUCCUGCCGCCCAUCGCGGCCGACCAACCGUUCCUCAUCCAGCCCACGGGAUCGUGUGUCUCGCUGGUCGUGAGCAUGCUAGAACGAAUGGGCCGGUGGACGCCGCACCCUCUCUCCUCCUCCUCCUCCACAACCCCACACAACCCAACCGCCGACCCCACUCCGGACGUCGAACUCACAACCGCCGCCGCGCACGAGCACCAACUCUCCAAACUCGCGCUCGCGCCCAUCCUCAUCGACACAGCCAACUUCACCGCGAAAGAGAAAGUCACCGACACCGACACGCUCUCCUACAGCUUCCUGCGCGCCAAGAUCAAUAGCACCAACUGCCAGCAGCAGUUAGGGUCAAUCGCCGUAGGUAUCUCGUCCGGCGAGAAGCUGUGGGACCACCACGCGUUCUACCGGCGGAUCGCGACGGCCAAGGAAAACAGUCUGGAGCUAUUGACGGUGGCGGAAGUGCUGGGGAGGGAUUAUAAGGAGUGGGUUGAGGUGCCUUCCUCCUCUUCCUCCUCCUCCUCUGGGGAUGCUCCGGGGGGUAGUAGCAGUAGUAGUAGUAGUAGCAGUGGGGAUAAAGACGCCGCCGCAAUCAAGAUCGGGAUCUGCUCGGUCGUCAAAUCCCUCCCCUGGGUGAUCCGGAAGGCCAACAAUUCCAACUCCAACUCCGCGCCCGAAGUGUUCCUGGACGAGCUGGACGCGUUUGCCCGCCAGCGGGGCUUGGAUAUCGUCGUGCUGAUGACGGCGUUUGCAGGUCCGGCUCCUGCUUCCCCUUCUCCCUCGUCUUCUCCGGGGACGUCACCACGGAAGGAACGGUUCCACCGCGAGCUUUUCGUCGGGGUGCCCUUUUCAGUUGGCAAACGCAGGGAUACCGCCGUCGCGGCGGCGGAGGCGUUCGUGCGGCGCGGCCGCAAGGCGCUGGGGCUGGAGAAGUGGCGGGCGCUGCUGGACGAGGACGAGGCGGUCGGGCAGGUGUGGUUGGAUUGCGUGGCGCAUGAGCAUGAGCAUGAUCACCACCUCAAACACGGAAAUAUGUGGAAGGGGGUAUGGGUGCAAGGCGAUGUGACCAAGAGUCGGAAGCAGGUCGCGCCGUUGGUUAGGGAAGCGGUCUGCGCUGUCUAGUUUUGGCGGGAUCUGGGGCGUUUUGACGGUGUAUUGUAUAUAUCCCUCUUACAGGUAGACAGAGCUAUGAUAUAGUAUGGUAGAGUAUAGUAUGAUAUAG